AUGAAUCCUGAGAAAGGUCACAGUUGGGAUAAUUUAACGGCGGACCUUGUCGAGCGUGUUGUUAGCUUCCUGGAUCCAAACGAGGUGGUAUCUACCGUCAAGGAAAUCAAUAAGGCCAUGGCGAGCCAUUUUCGGGAAAAAGUAGCUAUCCGGUUGUCGCAGCCCGUACCCCAUCACGCGUUCAACAGGCACUGGAGCCGCCCGGAGGCAGUUCACAACUUCACACGAAGUAAGCGCCGAGAGCUCGUACUCCUGACGGCCCGCAGCGGCAGCCUGGCCAACCUGCAGGUCGCCGUCAAGGCAGCGAGCUGCGAGCUUUCCUGGCAGGUCUUCGAUGCAGCAGCUGAGGGCGGCCAUCUUGAGAUGUGCCAGUGGCUGCAGGAAGAAGACUUCCCUAUUGAUUCGUUUGCGGCAGUAAAAGCUGCCCGAAGUGGCCAUCUGCAAACGGUCCGGUGGCUGCUGCAACAGGAGGACGAUUUUCAUGCGCGACGAUCCAUUCGUUGCUCGUCAUUUAUAGCAGCCGCCUGCGCCGGUCAUCAAACUGUGUGUGAGGGGCUCCUGGAGGACGAAGGCGGUACUCUGGGGAAGCUCCUCCGGACGUGUCCUGCUGAUGCCGCGCAUAGUGGCCAUGUGGGCCUCACACACUGGCUCCUUCAGCGAUCUGGGCCAGAAUUUGAGCAAGUGUCGAGCGUCAGAGAGGAGUGGAUGGCCGGUGUUAUCACGGGAGCUGCAUAUGGCUUUGACCUGGCGGCAUUGCAGCAUCUGCACCAGACCCUUCUGCAGUAUGGCGGUAAUAGUGGCAACGAUGCCAGCAGCCUACUAACCGGCGACACCCUUGCAGAGGCCCUGGUGAGCCCCACCCCCGACUGGCGGGCCAAGGUGGAGUGGCUGCAGGCUCAGGGCUGCCGCCUCCAUGGCGUUCAGGACUUCGAUUGGGAGGCCCUUGCCAGCCGUCAGGAUGCUGUGGAGCGGGCACAGCGGCUGCUUAUGGAGGUAGAGGAAAAGGAUGUCGUAGAACGUAUCCUCAUCAGCGCCGUACGUCGUGAUAACCUGUCCCUGAUACGCUACUUGCGAGUGGGGAGGGACUGGCUUCCAGAACGCAAGAAGGAGGCUGUGGUAACAGCAGCCCGUGCCGGCAACAUGGUGCUGCUGGUCGAGCUGGUGACCUUGGGCUGGCUUCUUGAUGGGUGGACUGCGCUGGCCGCAGUUGAGGGCGGUCACCUGCACAUUCUUAAAUGGAUGGGUGCAGGUGUUGUUCAGAAGCACAUCCAGGAGCUCGUGCAGUCGCACCAGGCUCUGUUGACACAUGCAACAUCGUCUGGUAGUGUGGAGUUCAUGGAAUGGCUGCUAAAUGAGGUAGCCUUGCCCUGGAGUGGAGAGGAGCUUCUUAAUGCAGCGGUGACGGCAGGCAGUCCAGCAUUAUUGGAGUGGCUUGUGGCCCGGGGCUUCCCCAUGGGGGAUGAUGGUGAGCUUUACGUAAGGGCAGCACACCAUCACGACCUGGUCAUUCUGCGUUGCCUGAGGCGGCUGGGCUGCACCUGGGGCCCCGACGUCUUCAGCCGAGCGGUGUACGGCAGGGGCCAUGGCAGUACCCUAGAGGUCCUUCAGUGGCUGCACGCCGAGGGCUGCCCGGUGGACUGGGAGGAGGCCAGGAGCCGGGCCAAGACCAGGAAAGAUCAAUGUGUGUGGUAUGAAAAUGCUGUCGCUGUUCAUGCCUGGAUUGAGAGCAUAGCGCCGAGAGCAUAG